AUGGCUGAAGAAAAUCAAGUCAUCGACUGCCACAAUACUGAGGCAUGGGAAGAGCAGCUCCAUAAGGGAAAUGAAAACAAGAAACUGCUGGUGGUGGAUUUCACGGCUUGGUUUUAUGGACCCUGCCAGUUGAUCGCCCCAUUCUUGGCGGAGUUGGCUAAGAAGAACCCAAAAGUAACGUUCCUGAAGGUGGACGUGGAUGAACUGAAGACUAUUUCUGAAAAGUGGGGUGUGGAUGCAGUGCCUACCUUCCUCUUCCUCAAGGAAGGCAAGGUAGUGGACAAGGUUGUGGGUGCCAAGAAAGACGAGUUACGGACCAAAGUAGAGAAGCAUGCCGCUGCUGCCUCCCGCAUUGAUGAUACCAGCAGCACCGGUGCUACUGCUAUUGCUACUGCUACUGCUUCUGAUAGUGCUACCGCUACUGCUACUGCUACUGCUACUAGUACUGCUACUCCUACGGCUACUGCUACUCCUACUGCUACUGCUACUCCUACUGCUUCUCCUACUGCUUCUCCUACUGCUACUGCUACUGCCUAA